AUGGCCUCUCGAUCUCCGCCAGUGAGCACCCCGCUCCUGAAAUCCCCUAUGCCCGAGACACCCUCUAAAGAUGCGUCCACACCAACACCGCAAACAGUACCUUUCCCUCCACCACAGACCUUUGAGAUAAUUCCACCAUUGCAUGGGAUUCUUUCCCGCUUACUCUCCAAAGGUCAGCAACCUGGUUCAUCGGACGUACCCGGAGAUACAACAGGGGACCCAGGAGCUUCCCAAGCACAAGCCCAACAAGCACCUUCCAUCAUCCCUAAUGGUGGGCACAAUGGCAACAAUACAUCUUCCCAUGCUGUAGCAGGAGUAUCGGUCCUCGAUUCAAGCGCUCGUCCGUCGCUCGAUGUGAAAACCCUCCCUACCGAAACCAGCUCUGUCAGGAUUCGAAUCCAGAAGGCUCGUACGGUCGUCGAAGGGCUACCAGAUGUGCAUCGGUCUGUUGAUGACCAACGAAGAGAGAUUACAGAGUUGGAGGAUCGUGUGAGACGUUUGCGCUCUGUCAUCUCUGACUUUGGGGACCGAGCAGGAAUGCUACGUGAGGACAACACGAGGACCGUGGAAGCAUGA